UUUGUUCCGGGUCUUUGCGUGCGCGCUCGCCGGUGUGUCACCUUGCUGAGCUCGACGGCUGUAUCGGAUCUGAGUGUUCCGGAUUCACUCCUGGAAAAAUACAAAAACACACUGCAGCCAUGACGUCGGAUUCAGCAAGACCCAAAAGCUCUCCAAAGUCCAUCAAGUUCCUGUUCGGUGGAUUGGCAGGGAUGGGGGCUACGGUGUUUGUUCAGCCCUUGGACCUGGUAAAGAACAGGAUGCAGUUGAGCGGUCAGGGUUCGAAGGCUCGUGAAUAUAAGACGAGUCUGCACGCGGUGGCCAGCAUCCUGCGCAACGAGGGAGUCCAGGGCAUUUACACAGGUCUCUCGGCCGGGCUCCUCAGGCAGGCGACCUACACCACCACGCGUUUGGGGAUUUACACGAUUCUGUUCGAGAAAAUGACAAAAAAAGAUGGAACUCCUCCAAAUUUCCUCAUGAAGGCUCUGAUCGGAAUGACUGCUGGAGCCACCGGGGCGUUCGUCGGAACUCCGGCAGAGGUGGCGCUGAUCCGCAUGACUGCAGACGGACGUCUUCCACCUGAACAGAGGAGGGGCUACAAAAACGUCUUCAAUGCCCUCAUCCGAAUCACCAAGGAGGAGGGGCUUACAACGCUUUGGAGGGGCUGUAUACCCACCAUGGCCAGAGCAGUGGUAGUGAACGCAGCACAGCUGGCUUCUUAUUCGCAGUCAAAACAGGCUUUGCUGGAGACAGGUUAUUUCUCUGAUGAUAUUCUCUGUCACUUCUGCGCAAGCAUGAUCAGCGGGCUCGUCACCACGGCAGCCUCCAUGCCAGUGGACAUUGCCAAAACUAGGAUUCAGAACAUGCGCAUGAUCGAUGGCAAGCCGGAGUACAAGAACGGACUUGACGUGCUGGUGAAGGUGGUGAGGAACGAGGGUUUCUUCAGCCUGUGGAAAGGCUUUACUCCGUAUUACGCUCGUCUCGGCCCUCACACCGUCCUCACCUUCAUCUUCCUCGAGCAGAUGAACAAGUUCUACAAGAUCUACUUCCUGGACUCAUAGAGGAACCUAAACAGCUCGACUCAGCCCGGGGUUCUGAACCGGUCUCGGGGUUCUGCAUACAUGUGUUUGUGUGAGUGUGUGUUUGUAUGUGCGUGCGUGCGUGUGUGUGUGCGUGCAUGUGUGUGUGUGUGUGUGUGUGUGUGUUUAACACGCCCUCCAUGACUUCCCCUGACUCUGUUAUAAAGCGAACUAUCUCUGAUUCUCCCUCAGACGAAGGGGACGUCAUCAAGGGCGAGUUUGAUUGUAAAAGGGAUUGGAACACAGCCGCACGCCGGCCCCUCAAAGACUCGACUCAGAACCCUGCGCUGUUUAUCGGACUUUUUCGGAGAAAGAAAAAACGAGAACAAGAAGAAAGAAAAAGGUUUCUGUUUCCGGUCUCUGUAGAAUGAAGCUGCACGCACGUUUCCUUUUCAUUGCCCCGAAAUUAAAAAAAGGACUGAA